AUGAGUCCCACACAAGAACCUGCAACACCUGUAGUCCAAGGCCGACUCAUCGGCCACUUUCAUGACCGGCCGUUAGAAGAGCACGGAUCCGGCUGGUCCUCCCUCUGGGACUCAAACGAGAGCGAUCUCUGGGAUCGGGGAAAACCCUCCCCUGCACUGAUUGAUCUAAUCGAGCAAGAGAAGGAUAAGGCGAUCUUCCAACCUUUAAAGCCAAACGUGCCACCGGGCAAUGCUAGUUUUAUUCAGGGGGAUUUUUUCAAACCCGACUGGGAGCGACAGAUCUCAGCCAAUGGCGAUGUCAAGUUCGAUCUGGUCUACGAUUAUACGUUCCUUUGUGCUUUGCACCCGCAAAUGCGUCCGCAGUGGGCAGCGCGCAUGAGCCAGGUAGUGGCUCCCGACGGAAUCCUCGUUUGUCUGGAGUUUCCCAUGUACAAGGAUCCGACUCAGCCCGGUCCACCUUGGGGACUCAAUGGAGUCCAUUGGGAUCUCCUGGCGCGGGGAGGUGACGGAAUCAAGAAUAUUGGGGAAGAGGCUGAAGUCAAUCAGGUCCAUCAGCUACCCGGUCAGUUUAAAAGGCUGCAAUAUCGAAAGCCUGCUCGAUCAUACGAGGCAGGAAGAGGAGCGGAUAUGUUAAAUGAUGCCGAAGCCAAGACGAUAUACGGAGUCAUCGUUAACAUGCCGAGGGGAUUGCACAACCCGCUACCUGCCUCCUUGCGCAGCGAAUGCAAGAAAGCAAGCCAGAUUCUUGAAUCCUUCUUAACAGCACCGUACUUCGGAAAUCCUGGGAAAGAGCUCCCAGAAAGAGUGCUUGCCAAUACCAAGGGUCUGGUGAUAUGCACAGUAGCCAAAGCUGGGAUGCUAGGAUCCGCCCGCUUCGGCUCCGGUCUAGUCAUCGCAAGACUGGACAACGGCAGCUGGUCUGCCCCGUCCGCGAUUUCAUUAGCCGGAGUCGGAUUCGGUGGUCAAUGGGGGUUCGAAUUGACUGACUUUGUCUUUAUCCUCGACGAUGCUGGGCUUCGCUCCUUUUUGCGGAUGGGAAGCUUGACCUUGGGCGCGAACAUUUCGAUUGCGUUCGGGCCGGUCGGAAGAAAUGCUGAAUUCACUACCAGUGCUAAUACGGAGGGCAUCGCAUCGAUGUACGCCUAUUCCAAAACCAAGGGGCUCUUCGGUGGUGUUAGCAUUGAAGGGGGCUUGAUGGUGGAGCGAAGGCACGCAAACAAGAAACUCUAUAAGUGCAAAGUCAGUGCGAGUCAAUUGUUAAGCGGAGAGAUACCACCACCAUCGGAGGCUACGCCUCUCCUGCAGCUGCUCCAAUCAAGUUCAUUCCAAACAAGGGAAGCGACUUCCCAUUCAGAGCCGACCACCCGAAGUUUGGACCCGGCUCCCCAAGGCCUGGAGUUGCCUACAGGGCCAGAGAAUCAAUCACCGGCGGAGUUGUCUCCGGAGGGGGUUCAACCAACUGCUCAUCAUUUUCCGGCUGAACUGCAUGGAGAAUCAAGUGUCUCGCUGCCCGCCCAGCCCCCUGCCGAAACAAUCAUCAAUAUACCCGACGAGCCAACAGCAACACCUGCCAAUGCGGAAGGGGAGCGAUCACAAAACCGUACCCCAACACCGGCUGGGGUAGAGAGCAAGCCACAUGGCACAUUAUCCCCUGAGGUAACUCCCUUGGAGAUCCAGUCAGAACCUAAAGCAGACACUCCUGUUGAACUGAAAAAACCACUUGUGGUUGAACCGAACGUCCAUGCGCCCUCGCAGACUGUCUAA